UAGAAAUGUGAGGCGCUUGCUGUGAAUGUUGUUAUUCUAAGAGCACAACACAUGGUUUUGUUAUAGGAUCGCCUAAGUCAAAUCAGGACUAGUUUGAUUUAAAGAUGGAUUCCUUUUUUCGGAGUGAAGAGAUGUGUCUUGUCCAGCUGUUUUUCCAAACGGAGUCAGCUCACAACUGCAUCAAUGAGCUUGGGCAUCUAGGACUGGUGCAAUUUAAAGAUCUAAAUCCUGGAACAGUUGCCUUUCAGCGCAGAUUUGUGAAGGAGGUGAAGAAAUGUGAGGAGAUGGAGAGAAUUCUUCGGUUCUUGAAAAAUGAGGUUGUCAAAUCAAACAUCCACAUCCCGGCAGACUUUACCAGUGAGAGAAUACCUCUUCCACGAGAUGUUCUGGAUUUAGAGUCUAGCUUUGAUAAACUGGAGAAGGAGCUGAAGGAGAUCAACUCAAACCGAGACACCCUCAGGCAGAACUUCACUCAACUAAUGGAGAUCAACCAUCUCCUGCAGAUGACUGAUGACUUUUUUGAGGAGGCUGAGUCCCAGCUUUCCAUCUCUGAGCUUCCUUCUGAAGACUCGGUGUACUCUUCCAGGAUGACAAGCCGACGCACCAGUUACACCAGCACCAAUGGACCCCUGAAACUUGGAUUUGUAGCAGGAGUCAUCAAACAUGAACGUUUCCCUGCCUUCGAAAAGAUCCUGUGGCGACUGUUUCAUGGAAACUUUGUCCUCCGCCAUGCUGAAAUCAAGCCCCAUGAGGAGGAGAACAUGGCUGAGGAUCUAGAGAAGAAGGACGUGUUCGUAAUAUUUGUCCAAGGAGACCAGGUCAGAGGAAAGAUCAGAAAGUUAUGUGAUGGGUUUCAUGCCAGCAUGUAUCCAUGUCCCAACAAUGCGUACGCAAGAAAGGAGAUGAGAACAAACGCCAACACACGCAUUGAAGACCUUCGAUUGGUCCUGAAGAGGACCGAGGAGUUCCGUGCGACUGCCCUGAAUGCAGCAGCAGCCGACCUCCAGGAGUGGACCACUAAAGUCAAGAAGAUGAAGGCCAUCUAUUACACACUGAACCUGUGUAACAUAGACAUCACACAGAAGCUGAUUGUUGCUGAGAUUUGGUGUCCAGUGUCUGACUUAAACUCUGUGCACACUGCACUGAUAAAGGGAUCAGAGCAGAGCGGCUCCAGUCUUAGCCCCGUCGUGAACAGAAUCCAAACCAAGCAGACACCCCCAACCUUCAACAGGGUUAACUCCUUUACCUCAGGUUUCCAGAGCAUCGUUGAUGCCUAUGGGGUCGGCAACUAUCAGGAAAUAAACCCAGCUCCGUACACCAUGGUGACAUUCCCUUUCCUGUUUGCGGUCAUGUUUGGAGACUGUGGUCACGGUCUCGUCAUGACUCUGCUCGCUCUAUGGUUGAUCCUACACCAAGAACACUUCAGGAAGCUGAAGAACGAGCUGAUUGACAUGCUGGUGGGAGGACGCUACAUUAUCUUCCUGAUGGGCCUCUUCUCCAUAUACACUGGCCUCAUCUACAACGACUGCUUCUCCAAGUCCUUCAACCUCUUUGGAUCCUCGUGGAGCGUCAGACCCAUGUUCCAUCCACACGGACCGUGGACUAAUGAGACGUUGCAUGACUCUGGCCAUCUUCAUCUGGACCCCCUGGUGUCUGGAGUCUACUCUGGCAAUCCCUACCCAUUCGGUGUUGACCCGAUUUGGAAUAUUGCAUCGAAUAAGCUGUCGUUCCUGAACUCUUACAAGAUGAAGAUGUCUGUUAUAAUGGGAGUGGCCCACAUGCUCUUUGGAGUCACUCUGAGUCUGGUGAACUACAUAUUCUUCAGAAACCUAAAGGACAUCGCGUUGCAGUUCAUUCCAGAGGUGAUUUUCAUGCUGUCUCUGUUUGGGUACCUGAUCUUCCUCAUUCUCUACAAGUGGUGUGUGGCGAUAAAGUCUGAAUCUGCUCCUAGCAUCCUGCUCCUCUUCAUCAACAUGAUACUCUUUGACUACGGCUCUGAGGGUGCUGUGCUUUACACAACACAGAAACCUGUGCAAAUAUUUCUGGUGGUUGUUGCUGUGCUUAUGGUGCCUUGGCUACUGUUUGCCAAGACCCUGCUCUUGUAUAGAGAACACAAGCAAUCAAAGCUGGUUUUUGGGAUCUCCAACCAGGAGGCUUCAGAUAACAGGAAAGAGAAGGUCAGUAUGGGUGACAUUUUUGUGUACCAGGGCAUCCACACCAUCGAGUACUGCCUUGGCUGCAUCUCCAACACAGCCUCCUACCUUCGCCUGUGGGCUCUCAGUCUAGCUCAUGCUGAGCUGUCUGAGGUGCUGUGGAAGAUGGUUCUGCAGGUGGCUCUGAGGGUUACCUCGGGGAUGGGCUCUGUUCUGCUGGCCGUGACCUUUGCUGUCUUCGCUGUCCUCACCGUCACCAUCCUCCUGGUCAUGGAGGGUCUUUCUGCCUUCCUCCACGCCCUACGGCUGCACUGGGUUGAAUUCCAAAACAAGUUCUACAAAGGAUCUGGGUACAAGUUCACACCGCUUUCCUUCGACAGGAUGCGAGACAUGCAUUGAUUUCAGAUAGAAACAUGUUAUUGCUAUUGCUACAAGUCGGUUCUCAUACUCAUUUAUUGUUUUUGUUGAUAUGUGUUUGUGUUAGUCAUUGAUCACAUGAAGUUGUUCUCGGUAUGUGGAUCGUACUCUCUAACUUUCGCCAUGGAAUGAAAAGUCUGUGCAAACAAGGUGCAGCAUUUACCACAAGAUGGCAGCACACAAUUAUUAGUCCGUAAUGGUUCUAAAAGUAGGCUACAUUCAGCAACAUCAGAAUUGCCAAAAUGACAGUCAAUACAUGGAGAUUUAGAUGAGCAUCUACUUCCUAAACUGUCAAAUUAGAUGAAAAAAACAACAAGUGUUUAGAUCCAACAAUAUACACUGAGUGUACAAAACAUUAAGGACACCUUCCUAAUAUUGAGUUGCACCCCGCCCCUUUU